AUGUCUGCUUUUGAUCUGACAAACCAGAGCAUGCAGUGUGCAGAGCCUGAGACAGACUCCAUCACCCCGCGAAUUAAACUGAGGGAUGAGAUAUCUGUCUUUAUUGAUGGUAAAUGGGUGAAUGAGACCCGCUGCCAGCCAGCCUUUUCUUCCCAUCAGAUGCUCUUCAACAAGAAGGCACAAAAUGAGUGGAGUGUCUGGGAGGAGAACAGAGCCCUCUGGGAGGAAAACCAAGUCCUCUGGAUCCAAAACAGGAUGCUCUGGGAAGAAAACAAGGCUUUACAAUGUCUCCAGUCACAAAACAAAGCUGUCCAAGUUAUUUACACUGACAACAUUCAGCAAAGCCUGCAGAAGGAACAUAAGCCAUUCUCGAUUUUCCAAGAGAAGAUAAUAGGCUUUCAGGUGAGCCCAAGCCACAAAGUUCACCAGGUAGUCCAGGAAAAGUAUAGAGUCUUAAAGGAUUUCCAGCAGGAGAAUAAAACAGUCCCCAUCAACUGGGAAGGCCAAAAAGCCAUCACACUCCAUGAAGGGAGCAAAGAUGCCAGCUCAGAUCUUCAGAAGGACACUGACACCAUCACAGCUGUGGAAGAAGGUAACCCUGGACAUGGAGCUAAACCAAAGAACACCUCUCUGAAUCAAAAUAAAAUUAAGUCUGCCCCAAGCAUGCAGGGUGAUUCUGAAAUCCUCCAGGCUCUCCAGGACUUAUAUGAACUCCUCUACACCUUCCUGAAAGUGAACCAUCUCCAUGGGGAGAAACAGGGCUGUCACACUCUCUACAACACGAACAGAUCCUUCCAGGAAGAUUACAAUAAAUUGAAGCUGCAGCUGCACGCUGUGAAAAAUACCGUGUCAGACAUUAUGGCUCAAAUGGAAAUGCUGGAAAAGGAGCUCAUUGCCAUUACUUCUCCAAUGUAUGAAGCAACCAUAUAGAAACUGGCAACUGAGCAUCAGCUUGGAGAGAUGUGA